GCUCACUGCCCACUCUCCAUUCACAUGCGCACUGGGCCUUCCCUUCUCACUUCCUCUUCUCUCUGCGUUCAAGACUCCUUCGAAGACCCGACCGACUUCCCCACCUCAGGCCCUGACACCCGGCUUUUUCCCGCCUUUUCGGGCGUCUGGAAGGUUUCUAGACCUAUCGGGGUUUAAGGGCAGCCUCCAUCGCCUCACAAGCCAGAUUUUCCAGGAUGGAUUGGUUCCACUGUAAUCAAUGCUUCCGAAAAGAUGGCACCCAUUUCUUUGUGACCAGUUGUGGCCAUAUUUUCUGUAAAAAAUGUGUGACUAAGGAAAAAUGUGCUGUCUGUGGAGCUACCUGUAAGCAUCUGGCUCUCUCUGAUAAUCUAAAACCUCAGGAGAAGAUGUUCUUUAAGAGCCCUGUGGAGACAGCUCUGAAGUAUUUUAGUCACAUCUCUCAGGUUUGGAGUUUCCAGAAGAAACAGACAGAUUUACUCAUCACCUUUUAUAAACACAGACUUUCUAAGUCAGAAGCUGCCAUGCAGGAGGCCCAAAGAACAGUGGCCAGUCAGGACAAGGAGCUAGUAAUCCUAAGGAAGGAAAAUGGGGAGCUGAAGAAGUUCCUGGCCAUCCUGAAGGAAUCUCCUAGCCGAUGCCAAGGAAGCAGGUCUACCACACCCCGGCCAGUAGGCAUCACUUCCCCAUCACAAUCAGUUACUCCACGACCCACUUCUCAGAACAGCAACCAGGUGGUCAGUCAGCCUUCUUCCUUGGAAUCCAUUCCAUACAGGGUGUCUGGCUUUGGUAGCUUUGGCCAGCAGGGGAACAGAGGCCUGCAGGGAAGAAAUACUUCCAGGGAAUCUUAUACCGAUACUCCUUCACCAGCUUCAACAAAUAGCCUAUCUUAUGGGGCUCUCUCUGCUUCCUCAGGACCAGGGAUUUUCUCUGUCUCGCCUUAUCUAGGUGGUGUUGGUGGGACUACAGGUCUCAUUCCCAGCCGCUCAAGUCAGAGUGAUAGUAGAUCUGCACCAGAGACUCCUGUGGCUCUCCAGCUACCAGUCCUGCAGCUCCAGGUCACCCCCCAGACACCUCAGUUACAUCAAACUAGGUUGUCCAACAACAGAGGAAGAUGUGAUUAGUUAGGGAGAAUGAAGAGUGGACCUUUUCCUGCUCCUGAAUCAACCUCUCAUCCUUCUUCAAUAGUCUGCUCCGUAUAUGUUGCCAGUGGGACAUGCUAUAGUUGUAGCAAACAUUCUUUAGGAUGUUCCUGGAGUGUUUAAAAUUAAAAAAACAAACAGAUCCCAACAA